GGAUCAGAACCGAAGCGGGCAGGAGUGGACUGAAGGCGGCCGCCGUCGUGUCUGUGCUGUCAACUGUUGAUUCCUGCCUCCGUCAAUGACUCUUGGAAGGUUCAUGAACAACCGAGUUCCUUCUAACAAGAGAUACCAGCCCACGGACUAUGAGCAUGCAGCCAACUGCGCCACGCAUGCGUUGUGGAUAAUUCCCAGCCUGCUGGGCAGCUCCCUGCUGCACUUCCGGUCCGAGGACCAAUGGGAGCGCGUGUCUGCCUGGGUGUAUGGGGCGGGCCUCAGCUCGCUCUUCACCAUCUCCACCCUCUUUCACACCGUGGCCUGGAAGAAGAGCCACUUACGCGGUGUGGAGCAUUGUUUCCACAUGUGCGACAGGAUGGUGAUCUACUUCUUCAUCGCCGCCUCCUACGCUCCUUGGCUCAACCUCCGAGAACUGGGCCCCUGGGCGAGUCACAUGCGCUGGCUGGUGUGGGUCAUGGCGCUGUCCGGGACCGCCUACGUCUUCUUCUUCCACGAGAGGUACAAACUCAUGGAGCUCAUCUGCUACACGGUGAUGGGCGUCUUUCCCGCCUUGGUCAUCCUCUCCAUGCCGGAGCAGGCGGGCUUGUGCGAGCUGCUGGUGGGCGGGGCCUUCUACUGCCUGGGCAUGGUCUUCUUUAAGAGCGACGGCAUCGUGCCCUUCGCCCACGCCAUUUGGCACCUCUUCGUGGCCACGGGGGCGGCCGUGCACUACUACGCCAUCUGGAAGUACCUCUACGCCCAGCCCGUCAGCCCGGUCCGGACCUCCAGAUGACAGCGCCGCUGACCCCCCAGUGAGCGGUCAGCCCCGCCCCCUCUAACCCCUCCCCCCCUACUACAGGCCGCCACAGAACACACAGUUGCAUUUCAACUGGCUGUAGUUUGCUUCCAGGGGAGGGCACGUCAUUCAGUGUCUUUGUGUCAAGUGUUUACACUCGCUAUGGUGACUUCACCGUGCUCACCUUCAUUUCAGAGCGCUUGAUGGUGUUUUUUACUGCUAACAACUUUCUUUGACGCUCAUUUGCACAUCAAGCAUGACUGUUUAAAGCGGGGGUGUCCAAAGUAAGUCCUAUAUAUUUUUUUUUUUAUUUACUUUUGUCGCAGACAACACAAAACUACCAUCAUUCAGGUUGUUUUUGCCUCAUUUCAGUGGGAACCCUGCAUGUGACUGAAGCAUUAAGGAGUGGGACUAUCCAGAACUAGCUGCAGGGUGCUGGAACAACCACCAGGUAGUGGGGGUGUGAAUCUUUGGGCACCUAACGAUUUGAUCCGAUUCCUGGGGUGACUAUUCGAUUCAGAAUCGAUUCUCGAGUCAACUCUAUUCUCGAUACAAAACCGAUCUUGCAGUGUUUCCUUUUUGUAUAAUAAUUGAAACUUUAAUGAAACAGAUUGCAGGUUAGAAUAAGCUUCCUCUGGUUGCAUGAAGAUGGCUGAAAAACGUCUUUAAAAAAUACAUUCUUUCUAAUAUAUAUCUCUCACACACACUAAUACAUAUA